AUGAGAUGCCGUGAACGAAGUCACGAGGCAUCCAUUUGUCACGAGAUCAUAACCCCACUCAAUACGAAUCGUGAAUUACUGAUUAUGUCAGAAAUCUUGGUAGAUUUACUAGAAUUUACAACUGAUGAAGACCUGCGAAAACUUAAUUCUCAGUUACAAGAGAAUGAAAUUGUUCAAAAGGAAUUCGGCUUUUUAAAAGAUGAUUCAAAUAUUUAUAAACUUAUUGGUCCCGUGCUAGUAAAACAAGAGAAAACCGAAGCCACCGAAAAUAUUGCGAGACGUUUAGAGCGCAUUAAAACUGACAUUAAACGAGUGGAGACUCAGGUCAAGGAUUUAACAGAAAAACUUGAAAAGAAGAAACUUGAGAUUGUUAAACUUAAUGAAUCUCGAAUGCAACAAGCAUCCUAA